AUGGCUGAGUUUGUGGACGUCAGCCCUCCUCAGAGGAACUGGAAGGGCAUUGCCAUUUCCCUGCUGGUCAUCGUGGGUGUCUGCGCCCUCAUCUCCCUGUCAGUCGUCCUGCUCAGCCCCGCUGAAGUCCCGGGCACCAAGAGGUCCAGGGCAAGCGUGGCGGAUCUUUACUCGCUGGAGUUCAGGGUGCGGGACCCUGUGACGUCGUGGUUUGGUGCCUCAGAGGUGGUAUUCAGAGACCACAGCGGCCAUGUGGUCAAGCUCAACGUCGUCUUGAACGAGACAGAGGUGCUCAUCAGGAACAAGACAUUCGUGGAUUUCAGGGCGGUGAAGUACUCGCUCUCUCCUGAUCUGAAGUUCGCCCUUGUGGCCUAUGAUGUGAACCAGGUGUAUAGAUACUCCUACACCGCCUCCUACAUCAUCUACAACCUCCACACCAGGGAGGUGUGGGAAGUGAGCCCUCCAGAGGUCCAGAAUGCAGUGCUUCAGCACGCAGCUUGGGGGAAACAUGGCCAACAGCUGCUGUACGUCUUUGAGAACAACCUGUACUACCAGGCUGACCUGCGGGCCAGCACCUUUAGGGUGACCUCAUCAGGGGCCCACAAGGUCAUCUUCAACGGCCUCGCUGACUGGCUCUACGAGGAGGAGAUCCUUAAGUCCCACCUGGCCUACUGGUGGUCGCCUGACGGAGAGAGGCUGGCCUUCCUCACCAUCAACGACACCCUGGUGCCCAACAUGGCCCUGCCCCAGUUCACCGGCAGCACAUACCCACAGGGACUACACUACCCAUACCCCAUGGCCGGUCAGGUCAACCCCUCCGUGAGGCUGUCUGUGGUCAGCCUGUUUGGGACGAACACACACACGCAGGAGCUGGUACCACCCGAGGGAUUCAGGACGAGGGAUUUGUACGUUUCAAUGGUGAAGUGGAUAAGCAGCACUCACCUGGCGGUUCGCUGGCUGAGGCGUUCCCAGAAUGCAUCAGUGCUCACGGUCUGCGAUGCAACUACAGGCUCCUGUAUACAGAGACACCAGGAGACUUCAGAGGCCUGGCUCACCAUGCAGGACAGGGUUCCCUGGUUCUCCAGGGACAGGAGCAGGCUGUUCCUCACCCUGCCGGUGAAGCAGGGCGGUCAGGGUGACUUCCAGCAUAUCUCCAUGCUCAUCAAAAAGUCACGGAGCGACCAGAAUGAGGUGCGCCACCUCACCUCCGGCGACUGGGAGGUGACAAGAAUCCUAGCGUAUGACGAAAGCAAUCAAAUCAUAUACUUUCUGAGCACAGAGGAUUCUCCACAACACCGACACAUGUACAGUGUGUCAACUCUGGGCUUGUUUCCAAGGCGAUGCCUGACCUGCGGCUUGAGGCAGGGCUGCACGUUCUUUGACGCUGACGUCAGCCCAGACUCCCAGCACGCAAUUCUACGAUGCAAAGGUCCUGGAGUUCCUUCGCUUCUGCUGCUGAUCUUCGCUGACGUCCCCUCCUAUUUUAUUCUGGAGGACAACCUGCCACUGCGUUCGGCAUUGGAGAGCAGACAGAGAGUCCAAUCAGAGACCAAGAUGAUCUCACAUGACCACUUUGAGCUGGCUGUGAGGCUGACCUAUCCCUCCGACUUCUCCACCUCCUACCUCUACGGCCUCCUCCUGAUGGUUGAAAGCCCCCCAGGGGGGCAGGGCGUGUCUGAUGAGUUCCGGCUGGGCUUUGAUUGGCUGCUGGCGUCCUCCGAGCAGGUUGUCGUGGCGCGGGUCGAUGGCCGAGGGUCGGGUUUCAGAGGUCAAAGAUUACUGCAUCAGAUCCAUCAGAAGCUGGGAACAGUUGAUGUACAGGACCAGCUGGCUGCACUAGAAUAUCUUGGGAAACUGCCCUACAUCGACCGAAGACGCGUGGGAAUCUACGGCCAGGGCUACGGCGGCUACGUGGCGCUGGAGAUGCUGAAGGCCGCGGGUCCGGACCAGCCUGUCCAUUGUGCUGCCGUCCAGGCUCCGGUCAUUGACUGGUCCAUGUACGCCUCGGCCUUCUCUGAGCGCUACCUGGGCCCCCCGUCCAGAGAGGACCAGGUGUACCAGGCAUCCCAAGUCCUGCCCAACCUGAGGUCCUCGCCCAGUGGGGGGCUUCUGCUGGCCCACGGGACAGCUGACGCCAAUGUUCACUUCCAGCACUCCGCCGAGCUCAUCAAACGGCUGAUCAGGAUCGGGGCCAACUACAGCAUGCAGAUUUAUCCAGAUGAAGGCCACUUCCUGUCGCCAGGCAGCCAGCUGCAACUCACCCAGUGUCUGAUUGGCUACUUUAAAGGAUGCCUGCUUGACUCCUCCCCGUUGCUAAGACUACAGCGAGAGGAAGACUGAGACGAGACGUCAAGUCCUACAGUCUGAACUUGUGUGCGUGUGUGUGUAUGUAUCAUUUCAGAGUUUAUUGUGCUUGUUAUUAGUUAGUGUGACUUUUUUCUUGUGUCAUAAAAGUAUUUUUUACCGGUAGCAUAGUGUAAAAUGGACAAAGUAAAUCUAUAGAUAGGUUUCUUUCAGCUCGAAUCAAACUGCACUUGGCAAGCAGCUGCUGAUAUUGGACCAUCCUUUGUGAGCCUAACUUAUAAACAGAUUGAGGACGGUGUGGCAUAACCUGGGAACAGAGCGAGUAGUGCGAUAGAGCAUGCGUGUUUGUGUCACACUUUUCCCUCGUACUUGCAACAGUUGUAUUGUUUAUAAGAUUGGGAAACUCACCAGGUUCAUGAAUACUGCAGUCUAUCAAAACCAAUACAACCACAAACUCCUAUUUGAUAAGCCAUUUGUAAUGGUGACUUACAACAGUGCUUUUGCUGACGUUUCUCCAAGCAAUUCCAUUAGUGAAUUUUAAAUGUGUUAUUUUAUGUGUUGACAAUUAAUAUAAAUGAAUGCUCCCUGCUUAUUAGGGAGUGGUUUGUGUCAUAAGGGUCUCUGUAAACUACGCUACUUACUGUAUGGCAAGAGGUCAUAAUGCUGCCUUAAAUGUCUUGUCAACCAUACACUUGUGGUGCUAUCCAUUUGGUACGCCCACCCUAACGAGGCGUAAGGUAUAAAUCUCCCAGGUUUCUUGAGGCAUUUCAUGGAGGCACGCCCCCUUUUGGUCAUAGUAUAAAGCUUCCCACUCGUAGUUCUGAGAGUAGACAGAGUUCAGUGAAGCUGACCGUACGACUCGAUAACAAAAAUGGCUGCACCUGUAGAGAAUUAUUUUCUUUGUAUUUUGUACCACGUUGGUCAGUUUAAUGUCGAUGUUAAAGGCUCUUACACACUUGAUUACAUUGCUACUUUAUUCCGGUCAUCAAUUUAUGCAAAACACCGUCUUUCUGUACGUGCAGUACAAUGUACAGUUGUUUUUUUUCGAGCUGAUUUGCUAAAGAGGCUAAUAUAGCGAACAAUAACUAGCCAAUGCGUAACUGGAACGUUUAAGUGCUGCAAGCCAGGAAAUCACUUUCUCGCUAAAGCAGGUCGGAUGUACUGGUGUACCAUACAAAUGGAUAGCACCAUUACUGGAACACACACCGUUGACAUUUUCCAUCUCCAAUCUGUCAAACUUAAGAUAAUUUAUUUCAUUUAAACCACUAGGGUGGGGUCAUGUUUUUCUUGCUUGAAAGAAGCGCUAGGUUUAUUAUGGAUGUUGUAUUUGAGACUUUUGCUAUUAAAUAUUCAAGAGUCUUGAUUCUUUUGAGAAAGUCAUUAUUUUGUAUUACUUGUCUAGAGAUGCUAGUUUCUUUUAAUACCGAUGCCUGUGGGGAAAAUAAACUAACUUUGUAGUGAAAGGCUUUCAGCCGUCAGGUAGCAUCACCAUCUUGUGGUAAUAAGCGGUAUCUCACCAUUGUGUACAAUUCCGGGAAAUGGAUUCCAGAUGACAUCUGUAUUUGGCUGAUGU